ACAUUUGUGCUGAUUGGUAAGGAGGCUGGUGGUUUGAAGAAUCCCGUUCCACCUUAAAACAAAAGGACCCCGCCCGUCUGACCCAUCCCCGCGCUAGCAGGAUAGGCUAUAUUACAAUGUGCUGUCAAGAGCGCAAAGCGAGGCUUCUGAAGCGCCGCUGCUGUCCGCUCAUCCCCACAUCUUCGUUUACUGAGUUUCUUAGCUAGAUAGACAAGCACCGUUACAGCUCGCUCGUGCUUAGAUAACGCUACUCUGGACCUCAACAACCGGAAAGUAGCCUAAUUUAAAAAGAGAAAACGAAACAAACAAAAAAACACGCGUUUUUGUAUUAGUUAUAUGUUCUAGUGCCUAAUAGUUUACAGACAUGUCUGGAAACCCCAAAUUUGUCAACCCCUUUCACAGACCUCAUUGUUUGGCAGCCGCAGCUCCGGGGGGAAAAGCGAAAUUGACUCACCCUGGCAAAGCUAUUUUAGCAGGUGGGAUUGCUGGAGGGAUCGAGAUCUGCAUCACCUUCCCCACGGAGUACGUGAAGACCCAGCUGCAGCUGGACGAGAGGGCCAACCCACCACGCUACAGAGGCAUCGCGGACUGUGUGAAGCAGACAGUGCACUCUCAUGGGGUUAAAGGGCUGUACAGGGGCCUCAGCUCCCUCCUCUACGGCUCCAUUCCCAAAUCUGCAGUCAGGUUUGGCAUGUUCGAGUUCCUUAGCAACCAGAUGCGGGAUGAGGCCGGGAAGCUGGACAGCACGCAGGGGCUGAUCUGCGGGCUGGGGGCGGGCGUGGCCGAGGCUGUCCUGGUGGUCUGCCCCAUGGAGACCGUGAAGGUAAAAUUCAUCCAUGACCAGAAUUUGGCCAAUCCUAAAUAUAGAGGCUUCUUCCAUGGGGUGAGAGAAAUUGUGCGAGCACAAGGGAUCAGGGGGACAUAUCAGGGGAUAACGGCUACAGUACUGAAGCAGGGCUCCAACCAGGCCAUCCGCUUCUACGUCAUGACCUCGCUGAGGAACUGGUACAAAGGCGACAACCCCAACAAGGCCAUUAACCCCUUGGUGACGGGGGUGUUUGGGGUGACUGCCGGGGCGGCCAGCGUUUUCGGCAACACCCCGUUGGACGUGAUAAAGACCAGGAUGCAGGGUCUGGAGGCUCACAAGUACAAAAACACGGUGGACUGUGCGGUCCAGAUCCUCCGGCACGAGGGACCUGCUGCCUUCUACAAGGGCACCGUGCCGCGCCUGGGCCGGGUGUGCCUGGACGUCGCCAUCGUCUUCAUCAUCUACGAGGAAGUGGUGAAAGUACUCAACAAGGUCUGGAAGACCCAGUGAGGAGAAGGGGAGCAGUCAUUGCCCGAGCCAGCUGCAGCCUGGGGCCCUUUCCUCUGACAUCAUCACUGUGCGACUGAGAGGACAAGGACCCUCUAUAAACGAGAAAAAAAUGGAUGUGCCAUAGGUGCUUUUGUCACAUGUAGCGAGAUACACAAAAUUACAUAGUAUGUAAUAUAUAUAUAUAUAUAAUAUAAAUUAUAAUUUUAUUGAGAUCUGUAACUCUUAUGUAUAUUUGAUAGAUUUGAGGUAUUCUAUUGGUUGAAGUGACUGUGCUGUUUGGUGUCGCUGUUGUUGCUAAGCGAUGAGAGCCAGAGCAGCCAGAGUUCUAGUCCACGCUAGCCUUAUAGCCCAAAUGCAUUGUGGGUCCAAAUAAGAUUGUAUGACCAAGGAUUUCAUGGUAGGUUAACGUGUUGUGCCAAAUUUUUUUUUUUUUUUACAUGAAUUUCAUUUUAUUUUUUUAGUGUGUGUUGCCAAAGUUCUACCAGUAGUUUAAUAUAGAAAACCUAUUUUGCCAAUUCCAGUGUAGCAGAACUCUAAGCCUCCAGCCAACAGCUUUCAAGUCAUAUGAAGAAUCACAGGCUUUUACCUGAGCUCACACACUAUUCCUAAGUCAUCUUGGGUGUUCCUUUCAGAAACUACUCUAGGGAAGGGGAUUUGUGGCACAGGAAAAGCAUUGAUAUUGUCGGCCACACUUGGGUGUCCAAAAGAACACAUUCCCUCAGACUCAUUUGCAUAGUUUGUUUUUCCCCAGGGAAAUUGUUUGUAUAGAUUUCAAGAUUCAAUUAACUAUACUUGUUCAAGGAUAAUGAGAGGAGCUCAUGAGUAGUUUUUUUGGGUAUGGCUCUAGGUUCUGUUUUGGACCCGUUGCUUGAAUGUCCCACAUUGCCAGUUGAAAAUGGACCUCAGGCACAUAUUUAUUUUUAAUUAACUGCCAUCAAUCCAAACAGAAUUAAUGGAGUUGAGCCAGCAACCCCGCUCAACAUGCGAGCUAUACAGAGGAACAGACGAAUGAAGUGACUGAACAUUUUCAAAGUGAUCAACGCUAAUCAUCGUUACCUGUGCUCAUUUUGGGACUGGAAGGCCAUCUCCCUGGGGAGGUUGUUGCAGUUUACAUGUUGGC